UGCAGUUGGAAACCAGCUGUCCUUAAAGGCCAGUUGACUUGUGAACAGAUUCUGCCAUUUGCUUUCAUGCAAACCUGUUGCACCAGACCAGCUGUUUAUAGACGACCGCUUUCAUCCACCAGACUCCAGGGUGGUCCUCGUGACAGGUUUACUCUAUGGGGGGGUGUGAGGGGCUGGUGCACCAGAAACAGACAACUGCACGACCCUGGAACACCUGCAGCACAGUAAAGCAAUGCACCAGAAGCUGUGAAAGCACCUCCUUCCCCAGCUGAAGCAGGAACUGUAUUACAGAGAUAUACAGUCUAUGGAUAUAGAUAAACAUCUCGAAAUGAAACAUUUCCUGCUCUGACUUCACUCACAGCGCACGUGUGAGUCACGGCCACUAGACACAGAUUCAGUGGGAGGUUGUUUGGUCUGCCGGUGAGAGCUGAGCUGAGGGGAUUGAAUCUGUGUGAAGCAGGAAAGGGAUGGGAGUUGCAUAUCAUGUAACCCUGCAGUUUCUCUGUCACAUGUGAAUGUGGAGAACAACGGGGAGCAGCCACGCUGGAAAUGAGAGGACACAUCUCCCCAGGAGACAUGCUGGGAAAGUCGGAUGCCCCAAAGAGAUUCAUGAAGGGUUAAAAUCUGCCAAGGCGAGGCAGAGAUUUCUCCCAUUGUCUCCUUCGAGUGGUGAGGGAGCGGCGAAGAGAGUGAGCAAUCUGUGUCAGGAGCCAGCCCCUUCUGUGCAGGACAUGUGCUGAAUAAACACAUUGAAGUUCACUCGGGACCCCCCUCUCCCCUCCUUCUCCUCUCCUCUCAUUCCACAGCCUCUCCACAGUCUUAUACUACACGGAAUCUCACAGGCAUCUCCCAUGGCAUUUGGCAGAGACAAGCCAAGCAAGGAUGCCUGCCAGGGGAUGCAAGCUUUGCCUGUGUGAAGGAAGAAAAAAAGAAAAACGGAGAGAGAGCUGAAAAGAAGAGGAGGAAGAGAAAACAUAAUCAAUCAAGGAUUCAGAAGGACUGUGUCGUCGUUGUAAGAUGUCUGAACUGGCUGAUCUCUCUCCACCGCGGACCCCGGCGGACCCGCAGCGGAUCCAGAGGAACAUCCUGGAGGAGCAGGUGGAGCUGUGGUGGUUCCAGGACCCCAAGAGGUCCAUCCUGUGCUACUGCGCCUCGGUGCUCCUGAUCUUGGGCUGCGGGCUGGGCGGGGUGGGGCUGCUCUCCACCAGCAGCAGCCUGUCCAGCGAGUGGCGGCUGGGCGUGGGCACGGCGCUGUGCCUCCUGGCCCUGGCUGUGCUCCUCAAGCAGCUGCUGAGCUCUGCCAUCCAGGACAUGAACUGCGUGCGCAGCCGGCAGCGCAUCGAGAUGCUCCGGAGCGGCGGCGUCUCCGACCACCUCGUCAUCCUGUCCACCGGGCUGGUCCUGCUGCUCUGCGGGGCGGUCCUGCUCAUCCUGUCCGACUCUAGCGGGCUGCCCAAGCCAGGCUCUGUCCUCAACGAGAUGUUCAUUUCUGGGGCUGUGCUGGCAGCCGCAGGGACGGUGACCGUGUUCUCUCUGUUUGUCUACGUUGUCGUCACCAGGCUUCGGAACCCCGCGGGCGGAGGGCAGAGAUUCUUGAAUGCCGGCCUCGGCAUCUUCACCGUCUCUGGAAGGAUGGCAGAGAACGCGAGGGAGACCACCUCCAGCAUGGCCAACUUGAUUUAACUCUUCUGAAAGUCUGAUGCAGCAGAGGUCCUAGUAAAAGAUUUGGUGACUCAGUUAUUCCUAGCAGUGAUAUAUGUGGCUUUGACGAUUGCCAUCUUGAGAAGGUUUGGAGUGUGCUGAAGUCGUAACUGCAAAGGGACUUGUGUACUUGAUAUAAACAUCAACUGCGACAGAGGUAUCUACGAAGGGGUCUCUGUUAUCCUGAAGUGUGCAUUAGGACGAAGAUGUAAAAUUAUUUGUUCACUUUACAAUACUAUUUAUGUAUGGUUGAGAUUGAAUCGUAUUAUUAGAUAAACAGUUUUGGAAAUGUACUUGUAAGACAAGAAUACUGUGCAACACACCGUACCUGUGUACAUGUCCGUCUGUCUAUUAAUAACACAGCAAUCUCAAUCUCUCUCUCUCUCUCUCUCUCUCUCUCUCUCUCUCACACACACACACACACACACACACACACACACACACACACACACACACAAAGACACACACUACUAAUGUUUGACAUAGUUCAAAACCAAGCAACAAUCUGCAAUCUGUCCUGAGUCUUGUACGUCCUGUUUUUUGUACUGAUUACAGAGGCAUGAAUUUUGUCGAUGAUUAUGAAAAGUUUAUGAAAAGUGCAAUAAUUAGAAGUAGAGUUUUUGUAAUUUCUUGAGGCACUUUUAAUAAAUAAUAUAUUGGAAUUCGAGUUUGUCAGCCACCGAGGACGCUUCUCUCUUCAAUUCUUAACUGUGAUGCAGAUUUAAUAUGAGAAUGUAUGAACAAGGGGGAUCAAGUCCCUCCCAAAGAGCUUCUCAAACCGGGCGCGACAGUUUCAUUCAUACAGCAGUGUGCAGAUGCAUGAGAACAAACACCCCAUUGCUUCUGUAGUUUGGAUUUGUUGUGCAUGUGAAACCAAACCACUGCAACUGAAAAUUGUGAAAUUAGUGAUUAGUGAAAAUUGUGAAAUUAGUGAUUAGUGAAAAUUGUGAAAUUAGUGAUUAGUGAAAAUUGUGAAAUUAGUGAUUAGUGAAAAUUGUGAAAUUAGUGAUUUGUGAAAAUUGUGAAAUUAGUGAUUAGUGAAAAUUGUGAAAUUAGUGUCUAAUUUAAUUGAUGACUUUAUUAGGCCACACAUGCAAUUAAUUAAUUUUAAAUUGUAAGAGAACAGGAACUCAUAGCCACAAAUUGUAAAAUGCAGCAGACUUUUUAGAAGUUGUUCAAGAUGCCUAAUUAUAGCAUAGAGUGGUUAAACAUUUUCACACACAAGUGGCUAUUGUUUCUAUAUCACUGAUUACUGAGCGGAAAUGUAAAUUCUCACACCCAGAGGUUUUCAUGCAGGUAGCUAUAUAAAGGAUAUCAUUUUGAGUUGUUCUGAUACAUUUGCACACGACUGUUUAAUGUAACACUAGUUAUUUCAUGAAAGCAUGUGAGUCACAGCUUAGUGAAUAUACUGUAGAGUCCAAUGUUACCACAGAACCAGGAAGUAAUGCUGUACGGUUUACAUCCUUGAGGCAGAAAGCCAGAGUUCACGGAUCUUGAUAAAUUGUGUCCUGGUAAAAGAUCCAAGAGUGAAGGCUGUAUGCUUACCACACAGGCCUCCUUCAAAGGGGCUGUAUUUAUAUAGACACAAAUAUAUUAAACCCCAAUUGGUCCUCCCCGGUUUAGUUGAAUUGAUUGCGCUGCUGUUCAGCACUGAUUAAUGAACACAUGGUAAUCGCUAUGUACAUGAGUCUUUCAAAUUAUUAUGGAAAAAAUGGUAAUGUCUAAUGCAGAUUUUGAUACAUGGGAUGGGAUUUGUUUUUGCAUUGUUGCAAUCCUGCUAAUAAAAUGAACAGGGCAUGAUUCAAUUGUAUGUAUUCCUGGCAUUUUAGCAGGUCAGAAUCUCUGUUUUGCAAAGUGGUGAAAAUGUGAUGCCCCCUUGUACAUUACAAAUGUGAUAUCGUGUUCAAGUGUUUUUGAUAUGGUGCAAGUAAAGAUUUGAACUUUGC